AUGGUAGUAACCGAGAACCACGAAGAGCUGCUACCACUUGUUCGUAGUGUCGAGGAUGGUACCUGCGUGCCAGCAGCAGAGGAUGUUCCCAGUGUAACGUCUUCCCAUCGUUGCAGGGAUGUGGAUUGCGUUGUGUUUCUUGUGGUGCCGGGACUUGGGGAUGAUUGCCAAGACGCUGCUGCCAAAAUUGAGAAGACGCUCAAAGACAGCGCCUUGGGUGUGCGUAACGUGCAGCUGGAUCUUAUGGACAGGCUUGCAAGGAUUGAGCUUUCACACCAUGUAGACGAAGCAACGGAAAUAGCACUAGCUGAUGUGGUGCAACGCGCUACUCUUAAUAACUUCGUAGCUUACCCCGUAUGGCAGCAUCGUGAACGCAUUGUACGUCUGCACGUAGAUGGUAUGCGCUGCAUGACAAAUUGUGGGUGGCAAGUGAUUCGUGCGCUGGAGCAGAUUCCUGGCGUGUUACACAUUCACGUCGACUCGAAGUCCAUGACUGCCGAAGUGGCACUAGCCAAAGGUUGCACUGCGACAGAAGUAGAUCUUAUCAAAUACAUUCACGCAGCUAAUCCGCGCUUUAGUGCAUCAAUUGCUAAGGGGAAGGCACGCGCAAGCUCACUACCAGGAGCGAUUUUAUUAAAUGUCAGCGGCAUGAGAAACAAAGAGAUCUGCGCAGCUACAAUCGAGACAGCACUGCAUAGUACUGACGAAGUAAUUGAUGCAACAGUUGAUCUUGACAAUCAGCGGGCUACAGUUAUUCUUAAACCGGAGAGUAAGUUGACGGAAGAAGACCUGAUUGAGGUGGUGCGAAGUGCUGGCAGUGCGUUUAAUGCAUCACGCUAUAAGCUUUUUAAUAACGACGGCGAUUCCCGUGUGAUAUUUCUUACAAUAUAUGGGAUGCGCUGUGCGAAGAAUUGCGCCAGGAAAGUGCAGGACGCCCUUAACAGUGCACCCGGAGUUAUCAAUGCCAAAGUUAAUUUUGACACGAGGCGUGCUACUAUUUUCCUGGAAACGGGGAGCCACGUGACAGAAUAUGAAUUGAUUGAAGUCGUGCAUUCUGCCGGCCAAAAUUUUUCGGCUGUUGUUGCAAAGCCAACGAGUGGGCCGCGUACAGUUUUUUUGACAAUAAAAGGCAUGAGUAGUUCAAAAAAAUGUGCGCGUAAAAUUGAGAGAGCAUUGUGUACUUUGACGGGUGUAGAGAGCGCGGUGGUGGAGUGUUCGCUUAACCGUGCGAGCGUUCAGCUCGAAGCCGGCAGCUCUUUAGCGGAGAAUGACCUCAUUGCAGUCAUUCGCAACGUAGGCGUAACUUACAAUGCAGCGGUGUACGUUCCGUCGCCCAGUCCAAGCACUGUGCGGCUGAAGAUCGAGGGUAUGAACAAUACAAAAGACAGUGUUCGCAAAGUUCGAGAGGCUUUCUGCGAGAUAGACGGCAUCAUGUCUGCAAACGUGGACUUUGCCACUCAAACUGCUAUUGUUGAAGUCGAUCCGGAUAAACAAUUUAAUGACGAAGCUUUGAUGCUAGCUAUAACGAGAGCUAAAUCUAAAAUUCAAGCCCAAUUUGUCAACCCUACAGCUGGAGUGCCAGGCGCAUUGGAGACGACUGUGAAGAAUAAAGUGAUUCUACAUUCUGAGGCAGAUGUGCAUUCAACUGAUGCAUCAGCCGACAUUGCGAUAUCGAUCAACUCUAACGAAAGAGAAAUCGGUGAGGCGACGCUUAUAGUUGGUGGAAUGACGUGUACCUCGUGCUCGAAUUCGGUUGAAAAUGCACUUAAGCAGAAGAACGGGGUUUUAUCUGCCACCGUCAAUUUCGCGACAGAAAAGGCAACAAUUCGCUUUCAUAAAGAUGUUAUUGGAGUCCGAACGCUUAUUGAUACCAUUGAAGAAAUUGGAUAUGAUGCGGCCUAUGUAUCGAAAUCCGAAGCGCAGAAGGCUCUAGGAGAUCAACGUGCCAAAGAGAUUAAACGCUAUCGAGUUGACUUUUUUGUUGCCAUACUCUUUACAUUCCCGAUUCUCACUGUUAUGAUGGUGUUUAGCAACAUUGCACCUAUUGAGCGCAAAUUGGCCCUAAGCAUUUUUCCUGGAAUUUCGUGGCAGACAUCAAUCGUAGCGAUUUUGGCCACGCCUGUUCAAUUUUAUUCUGCGCGUCGAUUUCAUACCGAUGCUUGGAAGGGAUUGAAAAAUCGGGUGCUAGGCAUGUCGUUUCUGGUGUCAAUGGGCUCUAAUGCCUCUUACUUUUACGGUCUGUUCAGCAUUCUUCGCGCAUGUUUACUGACAGAGUCAAGUGUUGCAAAUGCGGACAUGUUUAUGACAUCGUCGAUGCUAAUUUCGUUUGUAAUUCUGGGCAAGUUCUUGGAAUCAAUUGCGAAAGGGAAGACGUCAGAAGCACUGAGCAAGCUAAUGGAGCUACAGGUUAAAUCCGCUACACUUUUGAUUUACAGUGCUGAUGGGAGACGAAUCCAGGAUGAGAAGACUGUCCCGAUUGAAUUGGUUCAGCGUGGAGACAUUUUAAAGGUUGUACGUGGUACGGCAAUUCCUGCCGAUGGUGUCAUUGUUUACGGCGAAGGUUGGAUCGACGAGUCGAUGCUUACGGGUGAAUCAAAAAUAAUUAAGAAAGUUUUAGAUGAUCGGGUGCUUGGAGCGACAAUGAAUGUCGAUGGUUUAUUUCAUUUGAGGGUUACUGGUGUGGACAACGACACGGCCUUAAGCCAAAUCAUUUGUCUUGUAGAGGCCGCGCAGACGUCAAAAGCGCCAAUUCAAGCCUAUGCAGACUACGUUGCCUCCAUUUUCGUCCCAGCAGUGCUAGGGCUCUCUUUUUUUACAUUUACAAUUUGGUACCUUCUCUGCAUCUUGAAUAUGAUUCCUAAAAGCUGGAUUCCUGUGACUGACAGCACAUUUGUGUUUGCAUUCAACUUCGGUAUUGCUACACUUGUUGUGGCCUGCCCGUGUGCGCUAGGAUUGGCUACGCCUACUGCUGUCAUGGUUGGGACCGGGGUUGGAGCAGAACAUGGUGUAUUGAUUAAGGGUGGAGAGCCGCUGCAGGCUGCGCAUAAUGUCGACACGAUCUUGUUUGACAAGACAGGAACUUUAACUGUUGGAAAACCUGUGGUGACGGAUGUAGUGGUGCUUACUAAGAAGGUGAGCACAGAAGAGCUCAUUAUUCUUGCUGGGUCGGCUGAACUUGGCAGCGAGCACCCUCUGAGUAAGGCGAUCAUUGAGUAUGCAAAAUUUAUUUCGCCAUCACUUGACCAACCCACAGAUUUUAGCGGAGUUUCUGGGCGAGGAAUUGCAUGCAUUGUUGGUGAGCAUAAGAUCGUCAUUGGUAAUAGAGAGUGGAUGGAAGAUAACGGCAUGAAGCGUUUAUCGAGUAUUGUGCUCCAGCAGGCAACGGUUACUUUUCAAAAUGCUGGAAAAACCUCGAUAUAUAUGGGAGUCGAUGGCGAGCUCAGCGCAGUCUUUGGUGUAGCAGAUGCUCCUCGCAAAGAGUCGAUUCGUACGCUUAAGAAGCUGAAAGAAAUGGGUUUAAAAAUCUGGAUGGUUACUGGGGAUAACGCUCGCACUGCCUUCACCAUCGCUGAUCAGCUCGGGAUCAGUCGUCGCAACGUAAUGGCUGAAGUAGUUCCUUCUCAGAAGGCAUCCAAAGUGAAACAACUCCAAAGUACUGGUUGCAUUGUUGCCAUGGUAGGAGAUGGUAUUAACGAUUCACCAGCUCUUGCACAAGCGGAUUUGGGUAUCGCAAUUGGAGGCGGUACUGAGAUUGCAGUCGAGACAGCUGGCAUGGUCCUCAUGAAGGCCAAUUUGUUCGAUGUCAUAACAGCACUUGACUUGUCCCGAACGAUUUUCAAUCGCAUACGUUUGAAUUACGUGUGGGCGCUUGGCUACAACUGUUUGUUAAUCCCGCUCGCUGCAGGUGUACUGUUUCCCUACGGCUUCAGCAUUCCGCCUAUGUUCGCUGGUGGUGCCAUGGCCAUUUCGUCCUUAUCGGUUGUCACGUCCUCACUCCUGCUUCGGUAUUAUGCUCCUCCAGCUCUCCCCCAAGAUUUUAGCACAAAACGUGUUCAGCAUAUUGAUUUAAAUUUAAAAAUGGAAAUCAGAAAGCUCCAAAGGAGGGAGCUCGACCUGGCCAACCGUCAAGCCAAGAAAAAGUCGAAGCGUGAAGCCAACAGCGGCGACCGCCGUCAGGCUGAGUCGCCAAAAUAUAUAUUUGCCAAUGGCUAUCGCAUGGUUGAGCCGUACGUGUAUGAGUUCCGGACUCAUGCCAAAGCGCGAUGGUUUGAUCGCGAGCUGCUAGAAAUUUUCACCAAGGAAUUUGGGGCCAACUCACCGGAAUAUUACAAAUUUGCGAUUGCCUCGGGACGAAUUUUAGUGAAUCACAAGAUCGUGCCGGCUAACACUAUUAUCAAAAAUGGGGACUUAAUCAUGCAUAUGGCUCAUCGUCACGAGCCACCUGUGUCUGGUGAGGACGUCUCGGUGUAUUAUGAGGACGAUGAUCUUAUUGUUGUGUCAAAGCCUUCAUCGAUGCCCACCCAUCCGUGUGGAGCCUAUCGACACAACUCGUUACAUACUAUCUUGCAAGCCUCUCGACCAGAUCUUCCUCGGUUGAAUAUUGUUCAUCGGCUCGAUCGGCUCACAUCCGGUGUUGUGCUCUUGGCAAAAAAUGCGACCAAGGCGAAAGCGUUAUCUACAAUAAUCGCUGAUCGCAAGGCUUCCAAGACAUACCUGGCGCGAGUGCGUGGAAAAUUUCCAGACAUCUUCGAUUCAAAUGAUCAAGACAAACUAAUAAAUCAGGCUAAAGAAAAUUGUCUGGCUAGCGUCAUUACGUUUCCAGAGGCCAAUACUAUCCUUAUCAGCUGCCCGCUCCGCUGUCUGUCAGCCCGGGACGGUGUCUGGGAGUGCCACAAAGCAGGAAAAUCAUCGGAGACACUAGUGUGGCUUGUGCGUGCGGACAAGUAUACUAGUCUUUUGAAGUGCAAGCCGGUAACUGGAAGAACGCAUCAGAUCCGUUUGCAUUUGCAGCUGAUUGGAUUUCCAAUUGCCAAUGACCCUUGCUAUGGAGGAGAGCUACACUUUGGUGAGAAUGCAGAACGUAUCAAACAAAUUGCAGCUGCUAGGCGCAGUAAAGUCAACUUUCCACCAAAAGACCUCAUAGAUUUUUCGACUCCUCGAAGAGAAGAUGAAAGUGAAUUAGAAUUUAUGAAACGGACUUGUACGUGGUGCUACGUUGGCGAAGCUGAAGCAUUUAAUGAGACACAGCUACACUGCUCCAAAAUCUGGCUGCACGCCCUAGAGUACCAGCUUGAUGGGCAAACAUUUCAGCAUUCUUGGCUAGCAGACUGA